AUGUCGUCAGAGAGCACUGUCACGCAGCUCUCCAUCCCGCUGCCUCGCUCCCUCGACACCCGCAUCCACGUCCACCUCACCACCAAGACCAAGGCGGCGACGCUCUUCCUCACCUCAGUGACGCAAGACGAGCAAUCGGGGCCGGCGGCACUGGGCUCCUUCGUAUAUGCACUGCCGAAUAGACUGGACCCGGCGCAACCGAUCUCGACGGCCAUCUACUCGGUGGAGUCGACGCUCGAGUUCACGACGAGGAUGGCCAAGCUGCUCGCCAAGCGCACCAACUUGCCCGUCUACGUCGGCUGCUCGAUCAACCUGGGCGGCUCGGCCAUGGGCCUCUCCGUCGAGGAGGAGAUGGAGGCGUUCCGCGCCAUUGUCGACGUCGUUACGGAGAGGCUCAAGCGCAAUCAACCCGUCAUCGGCGCCUCUUGA